AAAAUUGAAGAACAAUUUCCAAAUUGUCAAUUUGCAUGCUUAAAUCAAUCUCCAUAAAUUUCCUCUUCCUUUCCCAAUCUCCAGUCGCUUUCCGAUCCCAAAUAUUUAUGGUGGAAGGAACUCCGAAAAAUUCCGUGCAUGUUUUGCUUCUAGAUUUCGAGAUUCGUCAAUUUUCAGCUUUAACCCUAAUUUUGAGGCUUCGAUUUCGCUGAAUUUUGAAAGUUGGGAGGUUUCUACCGCUUCCGAUCGAGGAAUUGGGCGGAAAUUGGUUUGCGGAAGAGCGAUUUGUUCUUCGUUUUUGCGAUGAUGGUGAGGAAUCCGAACGAUGCGGCGGCGACGGUGAUGCUAACGUCGGGGGCGAGCGGGAGGAUUCGCGCGCUGUUAUCGCUGCGUUUGUUGAGGAGUCUGUGGAUUUUGAUAACGGCGUUUGUUUUGGUGAUUUUGGUGCCGUUCCGUGGCAGGAGGAGGUGUUUUCCGGCCGGCGCGGCGGCGGAGGUGUCGGAGAAAGGAGGGGGAAAGGAUGAGAGAUCGGCGGCGGCGGGGAAGGUGGUGAGAGUGCCGGCGGCGAUGGUGCCGAGAAGGACGGCGGACAAGGAGGCGGUGGCGCGGCGGGCGGCGGCGAUUAAGAGAGUGGUUGAGGAUCGCGGCGGCGAGACGGUUAGGGAUUUUUCGCUGUUUGUUACGGCGAGAGGGGACACCAUUUUCACGCAGUCAUGGACGCCUGUUAGGAUUGCAGUCAGGGGACUCGUCGUUCUCUUGCACGGUCUCAACGAACACAGUGGAAGAUACACCGAAUUCGCCGAGAAACUUAACGCCAACGGCUUCAAAGUUUACGGCAUGGAUUGGAUUGGACAUGGCGGGAGCGAUGGACUCCACGCGUAUGUACAUUCUCUAGAUGACGCGGUUAAUGAUAUGAAAAUGUUUCUCGGUAAGGUUUUAGGCGAAAACCCGAAUGUCCCCUGCUUCUGCUUCGGACAUUCGACCGGCGGAGCCAUUGUACUCAAGGCCGUGCUCGAUCCAAAAAUUCGACGGCGUGUAGACGGGGUUGUCCUAACUUCGCCGGCCGUAGGCGUGCAGCCAUCCCACCCUAUCUUCGCGGUCCUCGCCCCGAUCGUGUCGUUCUUGUUGCCGAGAUUUCAAUUCAGCGCGGCGAACAAGAACGGAAUCACAGUUUCGAGAGACCCGGAAGCGCUGGCGGCGAAGUACUCGGAUCCUCUGGUGUUCACAGGAUCGAUCAGGGUGCGGACGGGAUACGAGAUUCUCCGAAUCGCGGGCUAUCUCCAGCAGAACUUGUCGAGGAUCACGACGCCGUUUCUCGUCCUCCAUGGCACGGCUGACUCGGUGACCGACCCCGACGCCUCCCGGAAGCUCCACGAGGAGGCGUUGUCGGACGACAAGACGAUCCGCCUCUACGAGGGGCUCCUCCACGACCUACUUUUUGAACCCGAGAAGGAAGAAAUUACAAAGACUAUCGUGGCGUGGCUCAACGCUCGACUGCGAGUGUAAUCGGAGGAGGCCGCCGGAAAAAAAUGGAGAUUCGGAGACGGUCGGUAGAGUCGAGGAGGCGACGGUACAGCUUGUGUCCAUUAAUAUUGAAUAAAGAGUUGUUCGGAAUUCGGCGGUGGUGGCGGCGCCGCCGCCGGAAAUUGUGGGAUGGGGAUGUGUAUACUUGGUAGUGUUCUUAAGAAGGAUUGAUGGGCAAGAUGAAGGGUUAAUGUUAUGUAAGACUUGGUUGUAUUUGAAGAGGUACGUAAUCUUAACUGUUUUAUUUAUAUGCAUUUUA